UAGGUACACCGAUCUUGGACACCCGUUUCGAACCUUCUAAGGAUCGCCUUAUGAGUGCCUAGGAGUGAAAUCCCAGUAUAAAAACUAGAUAUUGGUUAUUUUCACAGCCAUUCGCCGUAAUACUUGGACGCCAACAAGGCACGUUUUUUAGUGAAGGUCCAGUGAAGCCAAACCCAACCAUCCAAGAUGUGUGACGAUGAUGCUGGAGCACUGGUUGUUGAUAACGGAUCCGGAAUGUGCAAGGCCGGAUUCGCUGGUGAUGACGCCCCCCGUGCCGUCUUCCCUUCCAUUGUUGGUCGUCCCCGUCACCAGGGUGUGAUGGUUGGUAUGGGCAACAAGGACUCGUAUGUCGGUGAUGAGGCUCAGUCCAAGCGUGGUAUUCUAACAUUGAAGUACCCGAUCGAGCAUGGCAUAAUCACCAACUGGGACGAUAUGGAAAAAAUCUGGCAUCACACAUUCUACAAUGAGCUGCGUGUCGCCCCAGAGGAGCACCCAGUCCUGCUGACUGAGGCUCCACUGAACCCGAAGGCCAACCGUGAGAAGAUGACUCAGAUCAUGUUUGAAACCUUCAACUCGCCCGCCAUGUAUGUCGCUAUUCAGGCAGUAUUGUCCCUGUAUGCAUCUGGUCGUACCACCGGUAUCGUCCUGGAUUCUGGUGAUGGUGUUUCUCACACUGUCCCAAUCUACGAAGGUUACGCUCUUCCACAUGCCAUUCUUCGCCUGGAUUUGGCCGGUCGUGAUCUGACCGAUUAUCUCAUGAAGAUUCUGACUGAGCGCGGCUACUCCUUCACUACCACUGCUGAGCGUGAAAUUGUUCGUGACAUCAAAGAAAAGCUUGCUUAUGUCGCUCUGGAUUUUGAGCAGGAAAUGGCUACUGCUGCUGCAUCUACCUCUCUAGAAAAAUCCUAUGAACUUCCUGACGGACAGGUCAUUACCAUUGGUAACGAGCGUUUCCGUUGUCCGGAAGCUCUGUUCCAGCCUUCUUUCCUGGGUAUGGAAUCCAGCGGCAUUCACGAGACUGUGUACAACUCAAUCAUGAAGUGCGAUGUUGACAUCCGUAAGGACCUGUACGCCAACACUGUUAUGUCCGGUGGUACCACCAUGUAUCCUGGUAUUGCUGAUCGCAUGCAAAAGGAAAUCACCGCCCUGGCCCCAUCGACCAUUAAGAUCAAGAUUAUUGCCCCACCAGAGCGAAAAUACUCCGUUUGGAUCGGUGGAUCCAUCUUGGCCUCCCUGUCCACCUUCCAGUCGAUGUGGAUCUCUAAGCAGGAAUACGAUGAGUCUGGCCCAUCCAUUGUCCAUCGCAAGUGCUUCUAAGUUUGCUGUAAAACACUCAACGACGAUGGCAACAACAUUACUACCAGCAAGCAUCGGGAUAUUUAUUUAAUGUGUAAUAUCCUCAAUGUUCUCCCAAAUGUGAUUCAAUUUCUGUUUAUAUCUGUAAUGUGGAUCAUUAUCUUUAUGUUUUGAGGUUCUUCUAGCGAAUAAAGAACGAAAAAGUAUCGCUUUAAUACAAAUAAUCAA